CGGAACAGAGGGUGUUUUGGUGGAACCAAAGGAAGAGUGUUUGUUGGUGCUUGAUUCCAGUACCCUGGCUGGGGAGAUGAAGCUUUCCAUUGGACUAAUAUCGCUUGUAGGAAUUUUGAUCUCUUCCGUUAUGGGGCAGCAAAGACCCGGCAGUGCUGACUUCAUCGUUUCCUCCUGCAAGAGGUCCCUUCUGCAACUUGAUUUGCCAGCUGUGUAUCUUGUCAAUAAGAAUGUGACGUUUGCAGCUAUUGACCAAUAUGGAAGCGCCUAUGAAAUUGGAGAUCAGUUGGCCGUACAGUGCGGAUAUAGAACGUCAUCGGACUUUUGGGGAAACGUUACCUUUAGGGCCUCUCUCAUGAGUUGCUACACUCAGAUAUUGGAUGACCAAUCCACUAUCACGAUAAGAAUCAAUAUAUUCCCGACCUGGGAUAAGAGUGCUUCUGUAAGUUACCUGAAGCAAGUCACCUGCCCCUACACGUGGGAUGCCCGUGAAAUCUUAUGCGAAAUGAACUACAUGGAGGUCUCUGUAAGAAGAAAGAUCCCCAUGAUUGCUGAAAGUGCUCUCCAAGAUGAGCCAGAGGACUGGGUUUCUGCCUUUCCAGAGGCUGUGGCUGGGCUUGUGUCCAUCUGGCAAGUGGUGUUCCACCUGCCGUCGACUCGGAAAGCAAUGUUGGUCCGGGAUGCUCAAAAGAUCGGCUAUGGCAUAAAUACAACGGAAUCAAGAAUGCUGCUCCGGUCUCCAUACAAAACGGCAGAAACGCAACUUCUGAAUAUUGGAGGUGUAAACUUUUCCUCUGUGAGAUCCACGAUAUUGUACAAACAGCGCUGGAUGAUCCUUAUGGUUGAUACGGCUGUGGCCUGCCCAGUUGAUGAUGUGAAGUACACAAAGCAAAUGAUUACAUGGUCUGUGCCCAAAGUCCUCUUGCCUCUACUGAUUGGCGCUAGUCGUCUCAAGAACAGCCGCAUUGCAUUUGGUGUCGACCUCCUCACUCUCACGAGCACUGAAAUCGCCAAUAGAAAAUAUGGGCUGAUGGACAACUACCUGGAUACUACAGUUAAUGUGCCUGUAGGUGCUCAAGGUGGCUAUUUUAAGAGCCAUGUAUCUAAUGGCCAAUAUGGUAUAACAUACAGCAUCAACGUGUUCCUUGAACAUGAGUGGGACGACAGCAUGUGGGGUGUAACAAAACACACUAUCAUAAAAGAAAUCACGACACCCUUUGAUGCACAACUUACCCCCAUCAUAAAUGAAACUAUUUCAACAACAAAAACAUUUAACGUAACCAUUGGUCCCUUCCUUCCUGAUGUUCAGCUGGUAAACAUCACCGUUGGGCUCGAAACACUGACCAUACCGGAGCUGAUGGCAAAGAACUACAACUUAACAACCAUAACAUAUCCAAAUGGAAGUGUGGCCUUCAGGUUAACUGUUCCUUUUACUGAUCAGAAUGUUAAGAUAGAGUAUAUUGGUGAAACCACAAGAGUUUACAUCCUCGUCGUUACCUUUGGGUUCAAGAUUAUUCCAACUAAUGAGACCUUCACCUGUACAACGACUAUUGUUACAUUGGUUCGGGAUGCUGUGUUACCUCAACCUUCUGGAUACUGCGAUAUGAACACACUGAACGUGAUUGUUAAACGUGGGAACGUGGAUAUAAAUUGGAUUCCUUAUGUAAACAACAUCCCACUGACUCCAGAAACUGCCCAGAGUAAUGGAGUCGUGUUCAUGGCUAACAGCACCCAUUACACAAUCACGGUGAAUCGAUAUUCGGACAAUGUCAUGUAUGAGGAAAUCAAUAACGCUGGAAUGACUGUGACCCUCCCAUUAACACUUGUUGAUAAUACCAAUGGAAAUCCCAUGUCUACAUUUUCUGUUUCGUGCAGUUACCCUACUGCAAAGCUUAUAGAUUGCUUUCCAAAUGGAACCAUUGCGGUUACGGUACUGAAACUCUCUACUGUGCCUGAUAUGGAGCUUUCACAGCUUGUAUUGAGAGACAAAUCCUGUAGGCCCGUCAUAUACACAGACACCUCUGCAAAAUUUGUGUUUCCCGUGAACACCUGUCUGACCACAAGAAAGUUUACCCAAACCAUGAUGAUUUAUGAAAAUGAUGUCUACUAUUACAGGCCUGGCCUUACAGAUGCUGCCUAUAAACUUCACGUUGCAUGUAACUACACAACAAAUCAAACAUUGAUUCUUCAGUACGGCUAUGAAGUUCCGCCAUCACCAAGUGCUCAGACGGCGUUUGGCACUCUUGCAUUGGUUUUACGACUAAGCAAAGACAGCAGGUACUCUACCUUCUAUGGAGAUGCAGAAUACCCGGUUGUAAAGUACUUGAUGGAUGCGUUGUAUUUUGAGGUUGAACUCCUUUAUAGUGUGGACCCCCAAUUAGAACUCUUUUUGGACAAUUGCUGGGCUACAGCUUCCCCUGACAAAACCAGCUUUCCAAAGUGGGAUGUUGUAGUCAACAGCUGUGAAUUUGUCGAGACCUACCAGACCAUAUUUCAUCCAGUGGCUGCAGACUCCAGAGUCGUAUACCCCAGCCACCUUAAACGCUUUGAAGUGAAGAUGUUUACCUUCAUGAAUGCAGACCGGGCCUACUUGGGAGAGAUCUAUUUUCAUUGCAGUGUGAUCAUUUGUGAUGCCGUACAAUUAUAUACUGAUCCAUUAUGUACAAAAUCUUGCAUCCCAGCUAGGCAGAGAACUGGGCGGAGCGCCAAACUGGACACAGACAGACAUCAGUACGUCUCUUCUGGUGCUUUACUGCUAAAAUCCAAUGUGCUGUCCAGCUUAAGUCCAUAUUGACUAGUCCGCCUCUCUUGACCUCCCAGAUAUCUUUUAUUAAAAGUGCACUUUUUUUGUUGUAUAAAACAAACUUGUUUCCUCUGUUUGUUCUGCUGGAGACUGGAGGAUGCCAGAAAUGGACUGAACUUUUUAAAGAGCCUCCCUCUUCAAUCACUCCGAGCCACAGCCCUAGUAGACAGAGGAUGGUAAAAAUGGGUGUUUUCGAAGAAAAUAUAACAACUGUAGCUUUUAAUAAAGAGGCUUCUUCUGACUUCA